AUGUUCACAAUCAACUUUAACGUUUACAUUCCUGAUCCUGUCUUGAGCCGAACGGAACAGCAACCACACUCUCCCACACCUUCCUUUUUCAUUCCCUUCUUUGUUCCAUUCUUUACUGUUCCUUCACAACAACCAUUUCAACAACAACCACCAUCCAAUGCCUCCUCCUCUCAACAAUCACAACACACGCAUUCUCCAUUCUUCAUGAUGGAUCCUCAACAAUUCUUCUCCAAUAUGGCCAAUCAAUCCUUUCAACAAUAUCAACAAGAUCAAAUCAAUAAGAAAACUCCCACUCAACAACGAGCCAUUGAGGAAUUACCAAAUUUCAAAUUAAGUCCCUUACGAAAACAAAUUAUGAGCGAUUGCAAUACUUGUUGUAAUGGUGGAGGAGAAGACUCAAAUGAAAUGUGUCAAUCCUGUGCUGUGUGUCUUUGUGAAUUUGAAGAAAAUGAUCUUCUCACUCGAAUGCCAUGUGGACACGUCUUUCAUAAAGAUUGCAUUAUGCCAUGGAUUAAGGAUCACAACUCGUGUCCAACGUGUCGCUAUGAACUUGCGACGGAGGAUCCCGAACGAGAAGCUGCUCGUGUGAAAAUCAUGAAAGAUCGAUUUGGAGGUGAACAUGGUUGUAAAGUAUUUGAAAUUUCAAACAAGAUUGAAAAUGUGUUGAAUAAGGUCGAUGCCUUUGUGACGGAAUAUCGAUCAAGACGACCACAGGAAUCUGAACAUUCUCACAUCAAUGACUAUUCAGAAUCGAUGAAAAAUCAAGAUUUGCGAACGCUACAACGAUUGGAUGGUGAAUUGAUGAAUUUGACCAUUGAGUUGGAUAAUUUGGAAUUUCAAGAGAAUUCUUGGGUGAAGAAGCAACGAAAAGCUCAAAUUGUGAAAAUUCAAUGCAUUUUGCGAGUGAUUGAUCAACUCAAAGAAGAAAUAAAUCAAACUUGUCUGUAA